GCACGCCAGAUCUUGGACUUAACACCUGUGAAGGAGCUGGUGAGCCUGAAGUGGAAUAUGUAUGGUCGUCCCUAUUUCUGUUUCCUGGCUUUAUUCUAUAUACUUUACAUGGUCUGCUUCACUAUGUGCUGCGUCUACCGACCACUGAAACCCCGAACAGGCAACAAAACAAGCAGCAGAGACAAUACAAUCUAUGUCCAGAAAAUGCUGCAGGAAUCAUAUAUGACAUAUGAGGAUGAGCUGAGGCUGGUGGGGGAGCUGAUCACAAUCAUUGGAGCUGUAGUAAUUUUGAUCCUUGAGAUCCCAGAUAUCCUUAGAGUUGGAGCAGCAAAAUACUUUGGACAAACCAUCCUGGGAGGGCCUUUUCACAUAAUUGUCAUCACAUAUGCUUGCAUGAUUCUAGUAACCAUGGUGAUGCGUCUCACCAGCACAACUGGUGAGGUGGUGCCCAUGUCCUUUGCCCUGGUGCUAGGAUGGUGCAAUGUCAUGUAUUUUGCAAGAGGCUUCCAGAUGCUCGGACCCUUUACCAUCAUGAUCCAGAAGAUGAUAUUUGGAGAUCUUAUGCGCUUUUGCUGGCUCAUGGCUGUGGUGAUACUAGGUUUUGCAUCAGCCUUUUACAUCAUCUUCCAGACAGAGAACCCUGAAAACCUUGGGCAGUUCUACAACUAUCCCAUGUCCUUAUUCACCACCUUUGAGCUGUUCCUCACUAUCAUUGAUGGCCCUGCAAACUAUGAUGUGGACCUGCCUUUUAUGUACAGCGUGGUAUACUUUGCCUUUGCCAUCAUUGCUGCCCUCCUUAUGCUCAAUUUGUUAAUUGCCAUGAUGGGUGACACCCACUGGAGAGUGGCCCAUGAGCGGGAUGAGCUCUGGAGAGCCCAGGUCGUUGCUACUACUGUCAUGCUGGAGCGGAAACUGCCACGGUGUCUCUGGCCUCGCUCUGGAAUCUGUGGGCGGGAGUAUGGGCUAGGGGACCGAUGGUAUCUCAGAGUUGAAGACAGGGUUGAUCCUAACAAACACAAGAUGAUGCGGUACACAGAAGCAUUUAAGGCUCAGGAUAGGGAAAACUAUGACAAAGGUUUGGAAAAGCUGGAAAUCAAUAGGAAGAUCCUGUACAAGAAAGAACCAUCUGCUUUUUUGUUGUCACGGAGCACAUCCAGGACUAGUUCUCAUCGUGGCUGGGAGAUCCUGAGGCGCAACACUUUCCACCAGCUUCGUGGAGAGGUUGGUCAUGCCAUGGAAGAGGAGGUCUAUGAUGUCUAA